AUGACUGCGGGAGUGGUAGUCUUCAGACCCGAGGCCGAGGGAAAGAUCCUCGAGAAAGAUCCUCGAUGGGACUUGGAGGUUCUGGCAGCUGCAGCCCAUUGGGCCUUGCGGUUGAUGCGAAAGAGCUUGCUUUCCUGGUCUCAUCUGAUCUCCAAGCGUCGCCGGAGCCGCUUGCACGGCCGAUGUUUCCGAGAGGAGGAGAUCGUACCUAGAGCUUGCAGGCGGACCCUUGAGCGUUGGAAGCUCGCAGCCAUCGGGCAGGUGCAUGGCCGCCUUGUGGGCAGCGCCCGAAAGGGGCGAAUCUUCCACGCCUGGCGCCAAGGAGUCAGGCGGAGCUGCAGCAUCCGCCUGAUGGCGCGUCAGUGCGGACUUCGCCAGUGUGGGAUAGUCCUGGCUGCUUGGAGCCGGGCGGCGGCAUAUUGUUCUAAGUGUCGAAGGAUACUUUCGCUUCAACGAUGCCAAUUGAUGGUCAAGACUUGCGGCAAGGCGCUUGCUGCGUGGCGCCUCCGCUCCAGCGCUUUGCAGGCGCUGCGUCGCGCGGCCGCGCGGAGGAACCACGCACAGGAGGAGGGAGCGCUGGGCGCGUGGCGGCAGCUGUGCUCAGAGCGGCUGUGGCGAAGGACACGCCUGGAGAUGCGCGCGGAGCACGCGACGAUGUACCGGACCUUCUGCGAUUGGGCCUGGCAGGUGGCAGCGGAGCUUUCGCUCAGGCUUCGGCUUGCAGACAGAACGAGGCGGUGUCAGCUUCGAUCUUUGAUGGAGUGGAAAGGACAGAUGGUGCUGCUACAGUCGAGGCGUCUUCAAGCUGCUGAAGCAAUCAUGAGCAGAAAUGCUGAGAAGAAACGCUUGGCAUGGCAGUAUUGGAAGAGGCUCCAAUUCGAGAGAAGACACGUCCGGAGAAGGCGGUCGGACGAAUGGCCUCGGUUGUUGCGAUGGUCGUUUCGUUCGUGGCAUCACGGCCUCCUGGUCUCGACCUUCCUGCUGCGACGCGACGAACUGAGCAGCGCCGGCCGGUGUCGGUUGAGGCGAGCCUGGACGGCAUGGACUUCCUGCCGCUACCAGGUGGUUCACAGAACUCAGAGCGCAGAGAAACACUUGUGCGAAGAUGCUUUUGAUGCCUGGCGAUUUGGCGCCUCACCAGAGAUGUGCGAAGCAUCAAUGGAUUUGCUGGAGAUCUCUGCAAGCACUGAAGAGGUGAGCAAGGAUACCCAGGCCCCAGAUGAUGUGAAUCGCACCCUCUCGGAUUUCAGUGGCCUCUCAUUGGGAGCCUCCCCGAUCGCGAUCUUCGACUCCCCCGAGAUCACAAAGACCGAUGCAGAGAUCUCACUGCAAGCUCACAAGCUUAAAGAACUUCGAAAAGUUGUGAAGACAUUUGAGGAGGUGAGCUUCAGCAAGAGACCUGAAGGACUUGGUCACAGACUACAGUCACCUUCUGCUUUUCCAAGUUCGUCUCAGCACGAAACUCCACAAAUCAGCACUGCGUUCAUGCCACCGAAGGAAGGUUUGAAUGACGCUGGAAGUCUGGAUUUGAAUGACACUGGCGCCAUGCUCCAAGCUUCGGCAAGCGAAGUCUUCUAUGCGUGGCUUGGAGCUUGCCUUCAGAGAAGGCAUCGGACCUUGGCAGUUGAAGAAGCCCUGUCGGUCAAGCGCACCCUGCGGCACCUCCGGUCCUGGCAGCAGCUGCGGCAAGUGUUCAUGGAUCACCGACGCUGCAACAGAUUCAUCCUUUUGCGGUGUUGGCAGCGCUGGCAGCUCCUUCCGCGGAUGAGUGCAGCGAGAGCUUUGUCGCUUUGCUUUGGCGCCUGGAGAAGCUGUACGCAAGAGGUCAAGGCUGAACGUCAACGGUGCAAGUCUUUUACCCGAUCCAUCCGGCGGCAGCUUUUCCGGGCAUGGCAUUUGCAUUCCUGUCGCGGGAAGGUCCGAGCGCAAUUCUUGAGGUAUCAGCAUGGGCUGUUGCUCCGGGUUUGCUCUGCUUGGCAGCUCCAUUUCCAUCAGAGGCGCCGGGCUGCGGUGCUUUGCAGCCAGAGGAUGCGACGCGAGGCGGCGAAAACUUGGUUUGCUUGGCAAGAGUGCAGAGCUUCUGAGCAUUUGUUUGUCGACAAGAUUGCUAGGAUGCUACAGCCUUUGAUUGUGCGCUUGAGCUCCUUGCACCAUCGGCGCCAACAGCGCCUGGCGCUUCGGGCCUGGCGCUUGGGGCUUGUGCAGGCGAAGGUGGAGCGAUCCAAGCAGAUCAAGGACUGCCUCAGUCUUUGGCGCUUGGGCAUUCGCAACGGCAAAGUCAUGUCAGCGGAACUGGCCGGGCGAUUGGUGGCUCACGUCCUGGGCGGUUGGAGGUCCUACUGCCAGAUUCAAGUGGCUCACCGUCGCCGGUGUGCCAAGGCCUUGCAGGCCGCACAGUCUUGGCCCCUUCGCGCGGCGUUCGACCGCUUCUGGCGUGCGAUUCAGCAGCAGCGUCGCGAGCUGCUGCGUUUAGACUUUCUGGAGCAGCUUGCUCGAGCUCUUCAUGUUCGCUUGUCGAGUGCAGUGGUCAGGUGGCUCCAGCAUAGCAGAUGCAAGAAGCUGCAGCGUGCUUGUGAGCUUCGAGCGAUUGCGAAUGUAUGGAAGGUAUGGCGACAAGAAGUGCUGCUCAGGUAUUCGCAGGUGGAACUUCAGAGCCAGCGGUUGGCAGCAGUCAGAGGUCGGACGAGAUUCCAGCUGGGCACGAUCUUCUUGCAGAGUUGGCGAGAAGCUGCGAGAAGGUCUUGCUUGUCCGAGUGGAUGCUACGGUGGCGCUGCGCCGCGGCUCGUCAGCGUUCUCAGCGGCACGAGCUGGAACAGGCCUUUUCAACGAAACGUCUCUUGCAGCGCGCCCUGGGCCACUGGGCUAUGUCAAUCCAUUGUGGUCAGCUGCGAGGGUGGAGCAUGAAGGUGCCCCGCUUGUCUGCCCUCAGGAGGAGCGAGUUGUCACAGCUGACCUUUGCCACACUAUCCAUAUGUGGUCAGAUGGGGCCGGUCUCAUCGUGA